AUGUCAAAAGUUCAUUUUAUUAUUAUUGAAAGAACACCACCACCACCGUCUCUUGAGCUUUCACUGUGCAUCAACACUACAACCACUACCAACCCAAAACCCACAACCACCACCAACCCAAAACCAACAACCACCACCAACCCACAACCACCACCAACCCACAACUACCCAAAAUCCACAACUACCUCUGAAACUGAGAAUCACCCAAAAACCCCACCACCAUCGAAAUCCAAAACCACUCAAAACCCACAACCACCACCCAAAACGUCAAAAAAAUCAGAUAUCUCCAGGUGCGAAGUCUCUCCCAAGUCCGAAAGACCAAAGCCUCAGGUUUUGUUGCCUUCUCUGUCUGGAAACCCCUAUAAAUUAGCAUCAAUGUCAGACUAUUUACCUAACGAAAUCAUAAUUGAAAUCCUCACAAAACUACCCGUCAAAUCCAUCCUCCGAUGCAUACUCGUCUGCAAGGCAUGGUACUCUUUGAUCACAAGCCCUAAUUUCAUCGUCAGACACCUCAAUCGCACCGUUUUGAGCAGCAAAAUCUACCAUCCCACACUUUUCAUCAGACGUUACGACAAGAAUGGCCAGAACGAGCACUAUACAUUACACCGAGAAGAUGAAACAUUUGGGGUUAGUUUUUCGGAACUGGAAUUUCCAUUUAAGAUUCCAAUUGGGUAUUUUAGAAUAGUUGGUUGUUGCAAUGGGUUGAUAUGCUUGUCUUAUGAUUUAUUUGGUGAUAUGACAACUAUAAUUCUAUGGAACCCAUCGAUUAGGAAAUCGGUUACUCUGCCAAAACCCAGUAAGCCAAAAUCACUACACAUGUUUGUGCUUGGUUUCGGAGUUGUCCCAAUGACUCAGGAUUUCAAAGUGGUGAGAAUUGUAUAUUACAAAGGGUUUUUUAGUGGCUACGAAGCCCCUCCCAAUGUUGAGAUUUACACGCUCAGCACAGGAUCGUGGAGAAGCAUUAAUUCGGCUGCUCCUUCAUAUUGUAUGGUGGAAUAUAUGUGGUCACAGGCUUUGGUAAAUGGGGUUGUGCAUUGGAUUGCAUAUAAUCCAUGUUUUGAGUUCGGGUUCUGCAGUUUGAUUGUGUCAUUCGAUUUGGGUGAAGAGGUAUUUCAUGAGAUUGUGCUUCCUGAGGCUUUGGCUGGUGAGAUUGCGACAAACUUGUCUACUUCUGUAUUUAGGGAGUCCCUUGCUGUGAUCAAGUAUGAUAAGGAAAUAGGAACUACGUCAUGUUGUGUGUGGGUUAUGAAAGAGUAUGGAGUUGCAGAUUCAUGGACUAAAUUAUUUAGCAUUCAUCUAGUGGGAACAUUGGAGAAAAUAAUAGGAUUUAGGAAGAAUGGUGAAGUUUUGUUGUCAUCGAGGAGCUGCAAGCUGGUUGCUUAUGACCCCAAGAUGGGACUGAUCAAGGACCUUGAAAUCCUUGGUGACACGCGCUCCUUUCAUGUUGAUACAUACAUGGAAACCCUGGUUUUAUUAGGGAAAUCAAAGCGUUAG